UCGCCUUACUGUUCAUUCAUAUCGUAUAACGAUGGCCCCCACGCUAUACAUGUCUGAAAUAAGCCCUUCAUGCAGGGCCGUGCUGCUUACCGCGAGGGUGCUCGGCGUCACCCUCAAAAUCAAGAAGGUAGACCUGUGCAAGAACGAGCAAUUGUCACCUUCUUUCCUUAAGAUCAAUCCGCAACAUACUGUACCAACCCUAGAAGACAACGGCUUCGUGAUCUGGGAUAGCCACGCCAUUAUAGCUUUCCUUGUCGGCAAAUACGCGCAAGAUGACUCCCUCUACAGCCGCGACAUCAUGCAAAGAGCGUUGAUCGAUCAGCGACUCCAUUUUGAUACUGGCGUGAUCUCUCAUUUUACCAGAUCGAUAUUGAACCCCAUGUUGUACGGGAACGCCGAAAUCGACAUCAAUAAACACCGGGAAUCUAUCCUAGAGACUUACGGGCUAAUGGAAAAAUUCCUCAGACGCAAUAGAUGGAUAGCGGGAGAGAAACUAUCGAUUGCCGACCUGAGCCUGAUACCGUCCAUCACGUCGUUGAACGUGGUGGUGCCCAUAGAUUGUACGAAAUUUCCCAAGCUGACACAGUGGAUCGAGAAUGCGGAAACCCUUUCAUGCUACAUGGAAAACGAAAACGGACUCAAUCAACUGAGAGCGUUGUUGAAAGUGCGCUGCUGUUGUGGCUGUUGAUGGAAACGACGACGGACGGAUUUGAAUUCUAUGAAUUUGAGGUUAAUUUGUUAUGUUGUUUGCUUUAAGUAUUAAAUGUACCGUUAGCAUGUUA